UUCUAAAUUACAUGUUUCACAUAUUUUUAGUCUGAUUGAGAUUUACUAAAACCAAGGACCCAAGAACAUUCUAUAAAUAACAAGCCGUAAUCCCUAACAUUAUCCCUAUUCCAUUCCCCUUCAUACCAUCACCAAACUUCAAAUUCUCCCUCUUUAAGCUCAAAAACCCAUUCAAUAAUGGCGGAUGAAGUAAUACUAUUAGAUUUCUGCAUAAGUAUGUUUGGAAUGAGAGUAAGAAUUGCCCUUGCUGAAAAAGGUAUUAAUUAUGAGUAUAAAGAACAAGAUAUACUAAUGAAUAAAAGUGAUUUGUUACUCAAAAUGAACCCGGUUCAUAAGAAAAUACCGGUUCUUAUUCAUAAUAAUAACCCGGUUUGUGAAUCUUCUAUUAUUGUUCAGUAUAUUGAUGAGGUUUGGAAUGAUAAGAACCCUUUGAUGCCUUCUGAUCCUUAUGAGAGGGCUCAAGCUCGUUUUUGGGUUGAUUAUAUUGAUAAAAAGCUUUAUGAGAAUAGUAGUAGAACUUGGACUACCAAAGGUGAAGAACAAGAGGCAGCCCAGAAGGAAUUCAUAGACCAUUUCAAAUUAUUGGAGCAACAAUUAGGAAACAAGCCAUAUUUUGGAGGGGAUUCAUUUGGGUUCGUUGAUGUUAGUCUCAUUUCAUUCUAUUGUUGGUUUUAUGCUUGGGAAAAAGUAGGCAAUUUUAGCAUUGGUGAGUCAUGCCCUAAGCUUAUUGAAUGGGCUAAAAGAUGCAUGGAAAGAGAUAGUGUUGCUAAGUCUCUUCAAGAUGAGAAGACGAUCUAUGAGUUUCUAUUGGAGUACAAGAAGUCACUUGGUAUUGAGUAAAGAAAACACAUUUAAUUCUAAAGAUAUGUUCCUCUUUUUAUUCAUGAGUUUAUCGAUUUAAUCAAACAUGAAUACUCCUUUGGAACAUUUGAAAUAGUUGAUUUAUCUCUUGAUGAAUAAUUAGCAAUGUUAUUCAUGGUAGAUUGAUGUGUUAUUUAACUAUGUUUUUUUUAAUAGUGCAUAUGAUGAAUAAUAAAUAAUUAUACAAUUUAAUUGUUACGAAUAAAGUAUGUAUAGUCUAAUAUAAUAUAAAAGGGAAAUUUCACGUGG